AUCAAGAAUGUCUCACCAGGGAAGAUGCAGUGUAACUCAAGCCAAUGUUCAUCUCCUCUUUCUCUUCCUCACCAUUGUGUCUGCUCAAAAAACCACCUUCACAGUUGGUGACAAAUCUGGGUGGACUUUCAACGUCGAAAACUGGACAGAUGGAAAGAAGUUCAAAGCCGGCGAUGAACUUGUUUUCAACUAUGAUCCAUCCCUCCACAAUGUGGCAGUUGUUGAUGCCAAUGAAUAUAGUAGUUGUAGUGCUUCUUCAAGCUCUAGGACAUUCACCACUGGCAAAGAUCCCGUCAAAUUAUCGAAGGGACUCAACUACUUUAUCUGCACCGUCCCUGGCCACUGCGAUGCUGAUGUGAAGAUUUCGGUUAAUGCUUCCUAAAUAGUUGGGAAAAAUUGAAGGGGAGGGUGGGUUGUCGAGUGGUAUCUCUAUGUAAUGUAUGUAAUUAAUAAUGUGGCUUGAAUAUUUAUCUUUAUGUGAAAAGGUUGGAUUGCAUGAAUAAAUGAAUGUGCUGAUUUUGAUUAUGUAGUUUUAACAAAGUUCUAUUUUGGUCCAUGUACUCUCAAUUGUUACA